UGCCCGGCAGCCGCUGGGUCCUAGGCUCAGAAGGAUUACAUCGGGGGAUGCGCCGCGGGUCCGGAGGAGCCGCCCCAGAGUGGUCAGAGAAGCCUUUGGAGCAACACUUCUCUGAAAAACCUUGGACCUCUAAAGAAUGCUUAGCAACAAGUUCAAUACAUGCAGCUCACCUUAGGAGCGGGGGAGGGGGGGGGGAACGAUAGCAGAAUUAUCUCACUUUCGUAACAGGUAUUACUUUAGUUCAUUUAAUCCACACAGCUCUAAGAGGUAGAGGUAUUAUUUGCUUAUUUGCACUUUACAAUUGAGGAAAUUGAGAUUUAGAGAAGUGAACUGCCCAAAUCUAGUUGGCUAGUAAAUAAUGGAUCCCCACUCAAGCCAUAUCACUUCCAGAGCCCAAACUUCCAGCCAAGAUUAGCACUGAAAGUGGUAACUCAGACUCUGAGUUGUGUGUAUUUUAACACAAGCUUCAGCAGAUGACAUUGUGGUUAAGAGAGCUGGAUUUGGGCGUGGUGGGGGGGCAGGCGGAGCAAGAUGGCAGAGUAGGAAGACCUUAAGCACAGCUGCUCCCACAGGCACCAGAGAGCUGGAUUUACAGCUAACUAGGAGUCGUUAGACUUCAGGGGAGGUACUUGAUCUCUCUGAGCUGCAAUCAUACCCCUAUGUAACAUGGGGAUGAUAUUAGUACUUAUGCCUCAUAGGGUUAUGAGAGAUAAUACAUAAAAAGCAGUUAGAAUAGUGUCUGACACUUAGUAAACAAUAAAUAUAAACUAUGCUAGAAACACCAAACUCUAAACCAAAGUCUAAAUAUCCAACAAGUACAAAAUACAGUUUAGCAACCAUAGCUUUUCUAGAGUAUUGACAAAUUCUAAACCCCAAUAUCCAUUAAGACUUUAUUACAUGUACCACAGAAUCUCCACCACUGUGUGCUACCAUUGUAUUAUUACAUUCUAAUUAUUGUUCAUUAGUAAGGGGGAAAUAGUUCUGGAAUUGUACCUUUUAGUCCACCCACCUACACCAUCAAUAAGGUGGAUUUUUCCUCUGCCAUUUAUUCUGGAAUUUAUUCAAUAAAUAUAUUUUUUCAGACCUUUAUAAGAUCACUACUCCUGGAAUUUAUGGAUAACAAAUGAAUAACAAGAUCAUUUAAAUUUUACAUAGGAAGUCAGUAGACACAGGAAAAUACUCAAGAGACUGGUCUUUUCUCCAAGCUUCUUCAUCCUCAAUUCUUUGACCAUAAAGAAAAAUUAAUGUUAUGUUAAUGUGUUACGUGAAUCAGCAGGAUAAUGGUAAAAUGUUCAUUGGAGGCUUGAGCUGGGAUACAAGCAAGAAAGAUCUGACUGAAUAUUUGUCUCAAUUUGGGGAGGUUGUAGACUGCACAAUUAAAACAGAUCCAGUCACUGGAAGAUCAAGAGGAUUUGGAUUUGUGCAUUUCAAAGAUGCUGCUAGUGUUGAUAAGGUUUUGGAACUGAAAGAACACAAGCUGGAUGGCAAAUUGAUAGACCCUAAAAGGGCCAAAGCUUGGAAGGAACCCCCCAAAAAGGUUUUUGUGGGUGGAUUGAGCCCAGAUACUUCGGAAGAACAAAUUAAAGAAUAUUUUGGAGCCUUUGGAGAGAUUGAAAAUAUUGAACUUCCCAUGGACACAAAAACAAAUGAAAGAAGAGGAUUUUGUUUUAUUACAUAUAAAGACAGAGAGCCAGUAAAUAAAUUGGUAGAAAGCAGAUAUCAUCAAAUUGGUUCUGGGAAGUGUGAAAUCAAAGUUGCACAACCCAAAGAGGUAUAUAGGCAGCAACAGCAACAACAAAAAGGAGGAAGAGGUGCUGCAGCUGGUGGACAAGGAGGUACUAGGGGUCGUGGCCAAGGUCAGGGCCAAAACUGGAACCAAGGACUUAAUAACUAUUAUGAUCAAGGAUAUGGAAAUUACAAUAGUGCUUAUGGUGGUGAUCAAAACUAUAGUGGAUAUGGCGGCUAUGGUUAUACUGGGUGUAACAAUGGAACUAUGGAUAUGGACGGAUAUGCAGACUACAGUGGCCAACAGAGCACUUAUGGCAAGGCAUCUCGAGGGGGUGGCAAUCACCAAAAUAAUUACCAGCCAUAUUAAAAAGGGACGUUGGAGAAGACAGGAAGAGAUUGCUAAAGCAACCCAUCUUGCAAGGACAACAUUGAAGUUUGGUCUUCUGUUGAUCUAAGAUGAUUAUUUUGUAAAAGACUUUCUAGUGUACAAGACACAACUGUGCACAACUGUAUGUAGCCGCCAAUUUGUUUUCUCUGUUUUUACUUUGUCUUUUG